CAUUGAAACUGUCUUUAGCUAUAAAUAUGGAGUCGAUUCAUGGCUCUAUUGCUUUAAAAAUCUCAAAUAAACAAGCUGAACCUUAUCUGCCUUUGGUUACUUCAUUUCUUGAGUUGAAUAGUUAAGUUUGUCUAUUUGAAGAAUCAUAAUUCAUAUUAAAAGUUUUAAUAUUCUUGAACAAAAUCAUUUUUAUUUUUCAGAAUUCAUAGUAAACGGCUUCUUAUAUUUCUGAGUUUAGCUCAGAAUAAAGUAAAGAAUCCUCUGGGAAUUUCAGUCUUUGUCUAAAAUUAAUCUGAAGUGGCUAAAUUCAAUUUAAAGCUAAAAUCUCAGUAAAUCAAAUUGAUCUUGAGAAAGCUCAACGAUGCUAUUCCACAUAUUUCUCAAAAUUUUAGUGCUUUGAGGUCCUUAUCAACCCUCUAAACUAAAGCUACAGAUACAAUGUUUCCUGUGAAAAUAUCACUCUUAUAAGAAGAACCCAAAGCAAGCCCUACUUCUCUUUAACCUAAAUUUCCUGGACCAAAAACGAAAAUUUUUGAUGACCAAGUUCAAAACAUGGGCUCACCAUUUUAUACAUUAAAUUAAAACAAGUACUUAUCUAUAACCCUGAAGUAAGCUUUCAACGAUCAUUUAUCCGACUAAGCCCACAUUUUUCAGCAUAUCUCUCCUUCUCCACCCAAAAACAAUGCUAAGUCAGCCAUUGUGCUAAAAUAACGCCCUUCUCCAUAUUAUAGGUUUCAAAUUAUUUUUAAUAAAACUUAUGAAAUCGCAUAAAAGUUAUUGCGAACUCAAGGCGAGCUAGACGAGGUCUCACUCAAAGCAUCCGUAUUAAAAUUUGUUUGAGAGUUAUUGAAAGAUACUCCCUUUGAUAUGGGCUCUGACAGUGGAUAGAGAGGGUCACCGAUUUUACCACGGAAAGUAUAGUGACUAUAUAAAACUCCACCAUGAUUAAGCCCUAGUGUUACUUAAUUGGAGAAGCUGAAAUUUUGAAGAUUUCAACCAGGUUUUAUAAUCAACUAUGUGGACUGCGUAUGGAGAGUUACACUCUCAGUAUCCUUUUUGUUCUCCUGAUAAUCUGGACCUCAUAAGCCCUGGUUUUAACAUACCAGUAAGAUUGGAAAGCCAUGCUUAGUAAAAGAGUCUAAAUUUUACGCAAAAUAUUGAGCUUGCUUUAAACUUUCAUGCAAUUUAUCUCACAAUCAGUUGAGAAAAUGUAUACAAACUCUCUCCAGUUGCUUCAGAGCAAGGCUUAAGUUCUUCCUGAGAGGCCUUAACACUAGGAAUGUUUCCAAAACCUCAUAGCAAUCCUAUUAUUAGUUUCAGUUUUAAAUUUGUUUGGCUCAUUCAAAGUUUUAAAUUUUAGGCAACAAGCUUGCCUAGAUGAAAUAAAAAUUAUUGUGAAAGUUCGGCUUUAUUCUCGAACAAUUUUUCAAAUCUGUAGAGGAUCUUGAUAGAUAUAUAAAUUUGGAAACGAAGAUGUUAAUAAUAUUUAUGAAUUUAUCUAACUUUUCCCCUUGACCAGUUACUUCAAAAUGGAAUGGAGCUCUUACAGGAGAUUUUAAAGGACUGCUCUAUCAACUGGGGCAGAUUUACUGAGUCUGUCCAUCAGUAGAGCAAACUCUCCCACGCCUCAAUAGGUUUGGAAGCUAUCAAGACUUACAGAGCUGCUCAUAUCCAAGUAAUCUGAAAUCUUCUUGAGAUACUAAUCCUUCUGUGCAGCAGGAACAAACAGACUCGCUUUCAAUUGAAAAAGCCAGAGAAAGCCAAAAAUUUGAAGAUAUCAAAAGCGACUCUCCCGAACGAGUGAGUCUUCCAGAAACUGGUGAGUCCCCUAAUGACUCGCAAAAAUCAGAGGUCAUCAAAAAGAGAAGGAGACGCUCUACAAAGCUUGAAAUCAAAUCAAAACUUGCAAGAGUCAGAGCCCAAAUUCUCAAGAGAGGGAUUUCUGCAUUCCAUCGUUCACCUAAAAAAGCGAGAGGAAAUUUAUCAUGAAAUAGUAACAGAAGAUCUAGAUACAUUGGAGUCUCUAAAAACAAUGCCCACUGGCAAGCUUUAAUCAACAUUAAAAGAACCAAAAAGUAUAUCGAUAUCUUCGCUUGAGAGCAGGAGGCUGCCAGGACCUAUGACUUGUACGCAAUUGCCCUCAAAGGAGUUAAAGCCGGCCUCAACUUCGACUACACAGCCGAGGAGAUGAUCGCAAUGAUCGACAAUUACCUCAAACACAAGAGGGUAGAGAUAUCUUCUUAAGAUAGUUUAUCAAUAAAUGCAAACUCAA